AUGGAAUGUGCAAGUAAUGUAGCUCUAGUUAUUGAAAUAUUGUCAUACUGUUCUAAUAAGCUUGGAUCUAGAAUCAAUAAGCUUAAGAAAGAUUUAACUCAUAAUCCAGAUGAUGAGUAUAUUAAAUCUUUCAUUAGAUAUGCUUCAACUAAUUUAAUAGAAUUUGAUCCGAAGAAAUUAAAUGAUGUGGAUAAGUUCAAAAUUUCUGUUGUUUGUCAAUCUUAUUAUGAACAACUCGAUAAAAUUGAUAAAAGUGAGAUUCCUCAAAAUUUUAUAGAACAUCUCAGAAAGGUGGGAUCUUAUGUUGCUUCAGCGAUAAAUAUAAUGGAAUAUGCAAGUAAUGUAAAGUACAAAAACUUAUUUUCUAAUAUCGAAUUGCAUAUAAUAGAGCCUAUUAACACAAUUAUCACAACUACUCAGCCCAUAUAUUCAUGGGAAUAUGUUAUCAAAAGUUUUGUUCAUAAUCACGUAGAUUAUGAGCGUUUCAUGGAUGAAUGUUUGAAAAAUGAAAACAUCGUGAGAAGACUAAAAUGGUUAUAUUAUGACGGGACAGAACUUAAGCUGGAUAAUGAUAAUAUCGAAAUACCCGUUUAUUUACAUGCUGAAAUGAAUAUAUUGGCCAGCAUGAUAGAUCAGGAAGAUAAAAGUAAGACGUUUAUAGCAGUAUCCAAAAGAUGUUGCUACUUAUGUGAACUGUAUAUUGAUUUUGCAAGAAAACGAGGAUAUAAUAUUAUCAUUUCUGGGACAUGUGGGAAGAUAUAUCGUGAAUGGCAACUCCCACAAGUUGCAAGUAUCGACUUCAGGAUCGAAUCUCUUAAAUAUAUACUAGAAAAUCUUGAUCGAGUCAUAGAAAACAAAAUAAAACUAGUUACAGAUGCUGAUUCUGAUAGUUACACAAACAGUCAACAUGAACAAGAAAUUUAUAGACUCAUUAUGGGAGAUAACUUUAAUUAUGCAUUUUAA